AUGACAAGCAUUCCAAGUGGCACUGGAAUAUUUGUUUGCUUCACUACAGUUUCUGUGACCCCGGAUUUUAGUUUGCAAGGCUUCCAGAUGGCCAGACACAUUAACAUCUCUUGUGCUCUGAAUCAGAGUUUGGCAACAGAAGAAGCACUUAAUACGUCAGACGUGGAUGACAUCUCACGAACAUCCAUCUCGAGAAAGAAUUGGCCAGCCUUGCUGAUUGUCAUCAUCAUUGUAUUGACUAUUGGGGGUAAUAUACUAGUAAUUAUGGCAGUUUCCCUGGAGAAGAAAUUGCAGAAUGCAACAAACUAUUUCCUCAUGUCUUUGGCUGUUGCUGAUAUGCUGGUGGGAAUUUUAGUCAUGCCAAUCUCCUUGAUCACAAUCCUCUAUGACUAUAGCUGGCCCUUCCCCACAGAGCUGUGUCCCAUCUGGAUUUACUUGGAUGUUCUCUUUUCCACUGCCUCAAUUAUGCAUCUAUGUGCAAUAUCUUUGGAUCGUUAUGUUGGAAUACGGAAUCCAAUUGAACACAGCCGCUUCAACUCACGAACCAAAGCCAUUUUAAAAAUAACUGCUGUCUGGACCAUUUCAAUAGGUAUUUCAAUGCCAAUCCCUGUUAUUGGCCUUCAAGAUGAGUCCAGGGUUUUCAUUGAUGACAGCUGUGUUCUCAAUGAAGAGAGCUUUGUUCUGGUGGGGUCAUUUGUGGCAUUCUUCAUCCCGCUGAUUAUAAUGGUCUUCACUUACUGUUUGACUGUGCAGGCACUUCAGAAACAGGUUAGUGUGUUCCUAGGGGAAGAAAAAGAAAAGCGGGCAAACUUGCACCUUUUUAAAAAAGAAAAACAAACAGAAAAUUCAUCAGUAAUACAAAGAACAGAAAUCGUUGAAUUAAACUCCAACAUACCUUUGAACAAAGAAGCUCCACUUUUUCGAAAAGGGACUGUGCAGUCUAUCAACAAUGAACAAAGGGCUUCUAAGGUUCUUGGGAUCGUCUUCUUUUUGUUUGUAGUGAUGUGGUGUCCGUUUUUCAUCACUAAUGUGAUGUCUGUUGUCUGCAAGGGUUCUUCCAAUGAAGAGCUCAUUGGAGAACUGCUCAAUGUGUUUGUCUGGAUUGGCUAUACAUCAUCUGGUGUCAAUCCACUGGUAUACACAUUGUUCAAUGGAAGCUACCGUCGAGCCUUUUCUCACUACAUCUGCUGUCUGUAUGGUGUUGGUAGAACAAAAGGUCAGUUUACAAUCAUUUCUGCUACCUCAGCGUUUUAUGAGAAAACUUUUCAAAUGACUAGUACACACAAUGGAAAUAAGACAGCGAGUAACAAUUUAAGGGUCCCCAAAGAAAAAUUACAUGCAGAACAAGGAACCACAAAGUUUUGUGUAAAGAAUUGUACGAUUGUCAGUGAAAAGGUCAGCUGUGUGUAA